AUGAUUGUUUCAUGGAAUGUUAGGGGUCUAAAUAAAAGUGGCAAGCUUAGGGAGAUUAGGUCCUGUCUUCUGGAGCUUUUCCCUGAGAUUUGCAUACUCAUUGAGACUAGGGUUAAAAGUAAUAAGGCUGAUAGCAUUAGAAAUAAACUCAACCUCUCUGGUAAGGUUGCUGAUAAUUACUCUAAUGAUAGUAAUGGUAGAAUCUGGGUUAUUUGGAAUGAUGGAUUGGUUGACUUCAGAGUGAUUAAUAGUAGUAGUCAACACAUUCAUUGUGGAAUCUAUGAUACACAUGGUAGCUUUAGGUUUUGGCUCACAGCAAUAUAUGCCCAUAACCAGUUAGAGUUAAGAAGAAGAUUAUGGAAUAAUAUUGAAAGGAUUCAUAGUUCCCAAAAAGGCCCGUGGUGUGUUAUUGGUGAUUAUAACAAUGUGCUUACUGUACAGGAUCGCAUUGGGGGUAACCUUGUAACUGAAAAUGAGUAUGAAGACUUGCACAACAUGAUGAACAUAACUGGCCUUAGAGAGAUGGACAGUAGUGGGGACUUUUUUACUUGGUUUAAUAAUCAAAGCAGAAAUCCCAUCUACUCUCGUAUUGAUAGAAUCCUGGUUAAUGUAGACUGGUUUCAACAACAUACUGAUGCCACAUUACACAUCUUGCCUUCCAAUAUUUCUGACCAUGCGUUGCUCCAUUUGUAUGUUCAAAAGAACAAGCCCCAAAGCAGAAUCUUCAGGUUCAGUAAUCACUUUACUGAGAUUGAGGGAUAUGAUGACAUAGUGAGAGUUAGUUGGAGAAAGUCUGCUAGAGGAAGACCGUUGACUAUCCUUUGGUUCAAAUUACAAAGACUCAAGUAUGCCCUUAGAACCCUGAACAAACCUGCCACUGAUGUGAAGCGGAAUUUGGUUAAGUGUGGAGCUGAGCUUCUUGCUGCCCAGAAUAGUUUGAUACAAAACAAAAUGGAUAUGCACCACAUUGAGAGGGUAAAGCAACUCACUGCAGAGGUGAUCAAGUGGAACCAAAUGGAGGAAAGUGAUGAGAAUUCUGCAUUCUUCUAUGCAUACCUCAAAGCAAGGAAGAAGACCAAAAGUAUCACUCUGUUAAAGAAGGCUGAUGGCUCUUGUAUCACUCAUCAAAAAGACAUUGAGAUGGAAGUCCUUGAGUUCUAUGGAAGCCUUAAGGGAGCUGAAAACACUAAUCUCAUACAGAUUGAUAUAGAAGCCAUGAGGAAAGAUGUGGUGGCUGCCAUCCAUGACUUUUUUGAACAUGGAGUGAUGCAUAGUAAAUUUAACAAGACAGUAGUGACCCUUAUUCCAAAGAACUCAACUGCCAGUAGCAUAAAGGAAUUCAGGCCCAUAGCAGGAUGCACUACUUUUUACAAGAUUAUGGCUAGGAUGCUCACUGAUAGAUUAGGCAAGGUUUUAAAGACUGUGAUCAAUCAUAAUCAGGCUGCCUUUGUUCUUGGAUAG